AUGACCGUGACAGACGAUUGCACCCAGCGCUACCCAGAAACCGGCAUAUCAGUUCUGAUAGUCGGAGCCGGGGUCGCAGGACUAAUGGCUGCUCUCGAAUGUUGGCGCAAUGGACACGACGUUCGUAUCGUCGAACGAUCUCCCGAAGAACUAACAAACCUACCAGGUGACUCGUUCACAAUCGGCCCCAGUGCAACACGCGCAUUCAAACAUUGGCCCAAACUAGCCGAAGAGAACGAAAAGAUUGCAUUCGUACCUCAUCUUGCUUUCUACACUUUGAGCGGUGAUCGUGUAACAGAGCCGAAUCAUGUUGAAUACAGGAAGGACAAGGGUUCCAAAAAGGUACCAGGGCAAAUCACCCGCCAUUGGAGACCCCAACUUCACGACAUGCUUCUCAGGCAGCUCUACGUCAUCGGUAUCAGCGUCGAAUAUGGCUGCAGAGCGGUGGAAUAUUUCGAGAUAAGUCAUACUGGGCGUGCAGGUAUAAUACUGGCAAAUAGCGAACGGCUAGAAGCAGACGUCGUCAUUGCUGCCGAUGGGUUGAGAAGUCAUUCGACCAAAGUGACACUGGGGCAGGAGAUUCGGGCACGACCAACCGGACAAGCUCUUUAUCGGACAGCCUUUCCGGUCGAGAUAGCCAUGAAUGAUCCGAUGGUUCGAGAGCGAUUUCCGGUCGUAGGUGAAAAAGAAGGACCGAUUGAAUUCUGGGCUGGCGAGCACUACCAUUUCCUCGUCAUCAGGACAUCCGAUACUAUGUCCUGGACUUUAUCGCACAAAGACUACGAAAGCGCCACCGAAUCCUGGUCCCACCAAUCCGACCCCGAAGACGUCCUCAAAAUAACCUCAACUAUCCCGGACUGGCCAGAAGUAGCAGAUCGGCUGAUCCGUCUCACGCCCAAAGACAGACUCCUUCACUUCCGCGUUAUGUGGAGAGAUCCCCAACCCACCUGGGUAUCGCCAGCAGGCCGUAUCGUACAGAUUGGAGACGCCGCACACACAUACAUCCCAGCGUCAGGCAACGGCGCAACACAGGGAAUUGAAGAUGCAGUCUCGCUAGCUACAUGCUUACGAAUGGCAGGAGGAACAGAGCAGGUUCCGUGGGCGUUGAGGAUCCAUAAUCGGCUACGCUUCAUCCGGGUCUCCUGUCUCCAAAAGCUAGGCCUCAUCAAUCUCAAAAGCUACUCCGAAAAGCCCAAGAAAGACAACUUCACACCAAAGGGGCUCCAGUAUCUAACAGCGGAGUGGAUCUGGGGUCAUGAGCCGGAGACAUAUGCCGAGGAGAACUACAACAAGGUACUGGAUCAUUUGCAGCGGGGCACGCCGUUCCAGGAUACAAAUAUACCCCGCGGUCAUGUGUACCGAGACUGGACUAUCGAUGAGAUGUUGGAGAUGCAGGAGAGGGGAGAGGAGAUUGAGUUGGAUGGGGAGUGGGAGUAGAUCAUUACCAAUGUGUUUGACUUGCUGUCUAUAGUCUUGUGUUUAUACGUAGUAUAUGCUACCUAAUAAUUAAAAAUGCAUUAACUGGAUUUUGAUGUUGUGC